AACAGAGAAAAAAGAAGAGAAUAACAAAGCUUUACAGUGUUCCAUCUAGGGUUUUUAUACAUUUGCAGUCCCACUUUCAAUAUAGCGAGAGUCUCUGUAAAACUAGUUCUAGAAAUCAUAUUGCUUCCAGAAAUUUGAAUCUUAGUCAACUUUGUCAGAACUCUUGAAUUGUCUUUCGUCACUUUGGGAUGGGGGAUGCAGAAUCUCUUCAACCAUCAAAGAAAAGGGCCGCUGUAAAAGAACUAUCACGAGAUAAUCCUGGUCUUGAUGAUGAUAAUGAGUCAUCUGGGCAGGAGAGUGGAACUUUCAAGAAAGCAAGUGAUGAGGUGAUGGCAAGUGGAAGAAUUGUCAAAGUUCGUAAAACAGCAUCGACUACAACUACUCCUUCUUCUAACCCUUUAGCGGCGAUCCAAUUGGUUCCACCUGCUAAUACUAGUACAACUCCUGCUGUGACCACAACUGAAGCAGGGAAUGGGACAACAACUUCCGAGAAACCAGAAGACUCAAAUGAUCAAAGUGAGGCAAUUAAAAAGGAAGAAACAGAUUUGAGUAAGGAAGCUGAUCAUGAAAAGGAAACUGAUGAAAACUCUAAGCUACCAGAAAGCAAAACCAAUGAAUCAAAAGCUGAUGUGAAUGUUGACAAGGAGAAAGUUGGUAGUCCUAAUGGACCUAACGCACCUGAAUCUGCUGAAAAGAAGGCAGCGGAAAGUGAGAAAAUCAAAGAUGAUACCGAGGGCAGAGUAGUGAAGAAGAGUACAAAUGGCAUAGAAAUGGAAGGCAAUAAGUCUGAGAAUGAAGAGGAAAAACAUGUGGGCGAUGGGAAAAAUGAAAAGGGUGCCAAAACUGCAUCUUUUAGCUCGUUUCAACAGCUCUGCAGUAGCCAAAACGCUUUCACAGGACUUGCAGGAACUGGGUUCUCCAAUACUACAUUCUCAUUUGGAGCUAGUUCAAAAGAGGGAUCUCCACUAGGAUUUGGUUCUGAAUCAGGGGCUGGUUCUGGUUCUCUCUUUGGAGUAAAAAGCGACCAGUCAUUUUUUGGUCUUAGUCUUCCUACUAAUGAAAAUGCUUCAGGGUCAUCUAGUGUUAAAAAGAGUGAGGGAACUGGAUUUCCUUCCAUGCAAGAGGUUUCUGUUGAAACAGGGGAGGAGAAUGAAAAGGCAAUCUUUACAGCCGACUCUGUGCUCUUUGAAUUUUUUAAUGGAGGGUGGAAGGAGCGUGGAAAGGGAGAGCUGAAGCUCAAUGUUUCUUCAACUGGAACUGGUAAAGCUAGACUUGUUAUGAGAACCAGAGGGAAUUACAGGUUGAUUUUGAAUGCUAACCUUUAUCCUGAAAUGAAGCUCACAAGUAUGGAUAAAAAAGGCAUCACUUUUGCUUGUGUGAAUAGUGCUGGUGACGGGAAAGAGGGACUUUCAACAAUUGCUUUGAAGUUCAAGGAUGCCUCUAAUGUUGAGGAGUUUCGAGCUGCUGUGACGGAACAUAAAGAUAAGGUGGCAGGCUCUUUGAAGACACCACAAAAUUCUCCUUAAACUUCGGAUUACUAAUAAAUAUGAUAAAGAUGCAUAGAGAUUCUAUUUUACUCACGGAACCCGCUCUACAGUUCCCUCCCCCACCCCCCAACCCCACGCACCCCCCUCUUUUUCAGAGUAAAAAAAAAGUAUAGCGUAUUUUGUCCAUAGAUGGAUAACUUGUUUUCUCCAUCAUGAUGUUGCUUAUCUGUUGUAUUUCUUCUCUUUUGGGCCUUUUUGGGAUAUAACCUACGGUUUAGCUGUCUUUUUGUAUUUGCUCUAUUGGCAUGAAUCGUAGACACAGCUCUAGCCUUCGAUCUCAUUCUACUAUUAAUUUCUGAGGCAU